AUGCUUGUGAGGUCCCUGGAGACUGAAUACCUCAACAACGAGUACAUGGCAUAUAGGAGGAUAUGUGCUUGGGAUGUGCAGGUGAGGCUGGAAAAUGGUGGUGGACACUGUGCUGGAAGAGUGGAGGUGAAACAAGAGGGCCAGUGGGGGACCGUGUGUGAUGACGACUGGGACAUGUCUGAUGCUGCAGUGUGUCAUGGCAACGAGUCUGCCCUGUCUGACUGUACAAACAGAGGCUCAGCUCAGGAGUACUGUACUCACAGUGAGGAUGCUGGAGUGACAUGUUCAGGAUUUGUCCAGCUGGUUGGAGGGGACAGCCUCUGCUCAGGACGAGUGGAGAUCUAUGACAAGGACCAGUGGAAAGCUGUCUGUGACUCAGACUUUGGUCCCAAAGCCGCUGACGUGGUCUGUGGGGAGCUGCAGUGCGGCGUAGCCCUGUCCAUGCCUGGGGCGGCGCAUUUUGGAAAAGGUGUUGGUUCCAUCUGGGACAGAGAGCUGCAGUGUUUGGGGAAUGAAUCUGUUCUCGCCUCCUGCCCAAGAGGGUCCCCCAGGGACCAGCCCUGCACCCACACCAAUGCUGCCGGUCUCACCUGCACAAAGUACACAGGGUUCAGGCUGGUGAAUGGCAGCACAGCUUGUGAUGGGAGGGUGGAGGUCCAGGUGCUGGGGACCUGGGGCACCCUCUGUGCUUCCCGUUGGGACCUCUUGGACGCCCACGUUCUCUGUCGUCACCUCAACUGCGGGUUUGCUGAGUCCAUUCCUGGAGGAGGGCACUUUGGGAGAGGCACGGGCCCCACCUGGAGAGAGUCAUUCCACUGUGAUGGGACUGAAGGCCACCUGGGACAGUGCCCAGUGACUGCCCUGGGAGCCUCACCGUGCUCCCACGAGAAUGUCGCUGCUGUCAUUUGCUCAGGCUCAGCCAGCUCCGCAUCCCUGCGGCUGGUGGGUGGAGAGAGCCGGUGUGACGGGCGAGUGGAGAUCUUUCAGCGUGGGACAUGGGGCAGAGUCCUGGAUGACCAGUGGGACAUGCAGGAGGCCAGCGUGGUGUGCCGGCAGCUGCGGUGUGGAGGGGCAGAGACAGCCUACAACCCCCCGAAGCCUGAGAGAGGGACGGGUCCCAUGGGGCUGCGAGGGGUGCAGUGCGCAGGGCAUGAGGCCAGCCUGACCCUCUGCAACACCUCCCUGGCCGAGAGUGCACUGGCAGCAGGGAUUGCAGAGGAUGUGGGGGUCGUUUGCUGGGGGAGCCGGCAGGUCCGGCUGGUGAACGGGUCCGGGCGCUGUGCUGGGAGAGUGGAGAUCUACUACCGGGGCAGCUGGGGGACCAUCUGCGAUGACGGCUGGGACCUGCCCGAUGCUGCCAUCGUUUGCCACCAGCUGGGCUGCGGAGGGGCGGUGGAGGCGGUUGGCUCUGCUCGGUUCGGGGAAGGCUCUGGGCAGAUCUGGCUGGAGAGCGUGAACUGCUCCGGGGCCGAAGCUGCUCUCUGGGACUGCCCGGCAGGGUCCUGGGGGAAGCACGACUGCGGGCACAAAGAGGACGCAGGAGUCGUCUGCUCAGAUUUUGUGGCCCUGAGGCUGGAGAACAGCACCACCUGCUCCGGGCGCCUGCAGGUUUUCUAUAACGGGACAUGGGGGAGCGUUUGCUCCAACUCAAUGACUCCCAAAACGGUGUCGCUGGCCUGCAAGGAGCUGGGCUGUGGGGAUGCAAAAUCCUUGGAACCGUACCUGACCUCUGGCAGGCUGACUGGCCCCGCCUGGCUGGAUCGCGUGGAGUGUGGGGAGAGAAACAGCUCCUUCUGGCAGUGUCCCUCCGCUCCCUGGGACCCACAGUCCUGCGAUGACCUGCGAGAUGAGACCCACAUCACCUGCAACGACAGGGAGAAGAUUCGUGCCGUGGGAGGCGAGAAGGGGUGCUCGGGCAGAGUGGAGGUGUGGCACCGUGGCUCCUGGGGGACGGUGUGCGACGACUCGUGGGACAUGCAGGAUGCCGAGGUGGCAUGCAGGCAGCUGGGCUGUGGCCCCGCAGUGUCUGCCCUGGGCGAGGCUGCCUUUGGGGAGGGGACGGGCCCCAUCUGGCUGGAGAAGGUGGAGUGCCGGGGGACAGAGCCGUCUCUGCAGGACUGCUGGGCCCAGCCUGGGGACAGCGGUGCCUGCCGGCAUAAGGAGGACGCUGCCGUGAACUGCUCGGCUGCACCCAGGACGGCAGCACCAACCCCCCGAGCAGGUAAGCUGUCCUCCCCGUCAGCGCUGGGUCUUCCCAGGGCCAGGCUGUGA